AAACCUGGUGCUGUCUGACUGCCAGGUGGCUCAUUAUUUAUCCCUGUAAAACCCUGCAAAACUAUUUGAAAGGGAAGAAGGGACAGAAAACUCCCUCCUUUUCCAAGUUAGCCUUAUAGUCUAGGGCUUAAAAUACUGGUUUAAUGGUGAAGGUAAGUGCUUUUCUUUUUUAUGGGUAGAAGGAUAAUUACCAGUUUACCAAAGGUCCGUUAAGGGGAGGGAACAGUUUUAGGAGAAGUCAGAGAAAAGACAUUAACAGCAACAUAAGGAUCUCCAUCUGGUAAUAUUGCCUAAUUCCAAAAUGAAGAGACUUUCUGAAAAAGAUAACUGAUUCAAUCAAGACCCUAGGGCAAGGCUUGAGAAGCCACUGGUACCAAUGGACACUGUGGACAAUGGUCAUUUCUCCAAGGACGCUAUAAAAGACUGUUGUAGUAAAAGAGAUUCAGGGCACAGGGAAACUCCACCACAAAGUGUGGUACCAUUUCCCACAGAAGCUAAUGGACGGGAAGCCUGCCACCAGGAAAGGUCCAGAUUUCUGUUCAUUACGCUAUGGGCUGGCUCUUAUCAUGCACUUCUCAAACUUCACCAUGAUAACUCAGCGUGUGAGUCUGAGCAUUGCAAUCAUCGCCAUGGUGAACACCACUCAGCAGCAUGGUCUAUCUAAUGCCUCCACUGAGGGGCCUGUUGCAGACGCCCUCAAUAACUCCAGCAUAUCCAUCAAGGAAUUUGAUACAAAGGCCUCUGUGUAUCAGUGGAGCCCAGAAACUCAGGGUAUCAUCUUUAGCUCCAUCAACUAUGGGAUAAUACUGACUCUGAUCCCAAGUGGAUAUUUAGCAGGGAUAUUUGGAGCAAAAAAAAUGCUUGGUGCUGGUUUGCUCAUCUCUUCCCUUCUCACCCUCUUUACACCAUUGGCUGCUGACUUCGGAGUGAUUUUGGUCAUUGUGGUUCGGACAGUCCAGGGUAUGGCCCAGGGAAUGGCAUGGACAGGUCAGUUUACUAUUUGGGCAAAGUGGGCUCCUCCACUUGAACGAAGCAAGCUCACCACCAUUGCAGGAUCAGGGUCAGCAUUUGGAUCCUUCAUCAUCCUCUGUGUGGGGGGACUAAUCUCACAGGCCUUGGGCUGGCCUUUUAUCUUCUACAUCUUUGGUAGCACUGGCUGUGUCUGCUGUCUCCUAUGGUUCACAGUGAUUUAUGAUGACCCCAUGCAUCACCCGUGCAUAAGUGUUAGGGAAAAGGAACACAUCGUGUCCUCACUGGCUCAACAGCCCAGUUCUCCUAGACGUGCUGUCCCCAUAAAGGCGAUGGUCACAUGCCUACCACUUUGGGCCAUUUUCCUGGGUUUUUUCAGCCAUUUCUGGUUGUGCACCAUCAUCCUAACAUACCUACCAACGUACAUCAGUACUCUGCUCCAUGUUAACAUCAGAGAUAGUGGAGUUCUGUCCUCUCUGCCUUUUAUUGCUGCUGCAAGCUGUACAAUUCUAGGAGGUCAGCUGGCAGAUUUCCUUUUGUCCAGGAAUCUUCUCAGAUUGAUCACUGUGCGAAAGCUCUUCUCAUCUUUUGAUAUGCAAGUUUCCUCAUGGGAAUCUCAAGAGGAUUUGGGCUCAUCGCAGGAAUCAUCUCUUCCACUGCCACUGGAUUCCUCAUCAGUCAGGAUUUUGAGUCUGGUUGGAGGAAUGUCUUUUUCCUGUCUGCUGCAGUCAACAUGUUUGGCCUGGUCUUUUACGUCACAUUUGGGCAAGCAGAACUUCAAGACUGGGCCAAAGAGAGGACCCUCACCCGCCUCUGAGGACAUAAAGUUACAAACUUAAUUGCAGUACUGAGCAUGAACUUUUUAAACAUUUUUUACUUAUCUUCAUAUUCUUGACCAUAGACUCAGCAGUUCUUAACUCUGGCUGUGUGUUAGUCUUCCCUGGGGAGCCUUUAUAAGAUACUGAUGCCUGGGACUCACUCCAGAGAUUCUGAAUGAAUUGGUCUGGGGUGGAACCCAGAUACCACUAAUUUUUAGAUACUCCUUAGAGGUUUCUAGUAUGUACCUGGGGUUGACAACAGCUGGACAAACUUGAAAAUUCAUGUGGCCUUUGAAUUUUCCUCAUUGGAAAGUACUAAAUAAAUAAAAAUUCAUGUGAAAAUGAUCACUGAUAAAUAUCUUCAUGGUGGGGCAGAUUAUUGGAUACAGAGAAGAUCUGCUCGGAAUUGCAACCAUAUGUUACGGAACUCAGCACCCACCAGAACUGUAAAGUUAUAAUCCCCAGAAUUAAAGUUUUUAUUAUUUUUUAUACAUUGUAAAACAUGGAUGUUUAUUUAUGUGGUUAAAUUCUAUUAAAAUUUACAUGCUAAAAUAAAA